AUGGAUGCCAGCGAGGCUCCUGGUGCUUUGGCAAAAAUGAUAGAGGAGUGCGAGGUCCUGCGCCGGCGGGUGCUGGAAAAACCGGAGCAAGUUCUCACGAGGUGGGUCAACGAGCGGGCGGUGGGAGUCCCAUCGGUGGCGGCAAUGCGGCUUAACCACUGUGCUCUAGAGGAUCGUUGCUUGGAUGAGUUCUACAACAUCCUCAAGAUUGCAUGGGUUAUUCCGGAAGGUGGCUUGGGCGAGAGUGAGUUGCUGGCCAUCGAGGAUGGACUUGUGGAGGUUCCGGACGACGAUGACGCUGAGGGGCCGGAGCCUGCCGAUGAUCAUCUUGGUAUGGAGGAGGGUGAGGAAGAGGCUGUGGAGGCGGAUGAUCCGAUGGUUGAGCCGUCGGAUCCUUAUCUCGAGAAGGCAAGGGCGUUGUUGCCCAAAUCGCCGCAGCUGGAAAUUCAUGAAGAUGCUCAGGUAGUGAAGGCAAGCUCCGCUGAGAGCUUGGAGGCGACAACGCCGCCGAAAGCUCCGACGACGCCCCCGAAAGCUCCGAGCACGCCCCCGAAACCUCUCUCGAUGGCAGCAACAGCUCCGACGGCAUCUGCAGACCCUGUUCCUGCUCUGACUCGUCGGCAGCAUGUGUGCACACCCAAGAAGCUUUUCCAAGAGGAGCCCAGCCCAAACUCGGAUGUGGCUGCAGCUCGAGAGAUUAUGCGGCAGCGGUUGAGGCAGAUUCUGGAGUAUUAG